AUGCCAUGUAUAUUAUUGACAUUAUCGCGCCAAUCAGGAAGCAGGUAUUAUGGAUGGAUUGUUUACAAUAGAGAACAAGUAGAAUUAGAAUAUUCUAGAGGUUCACUCUACACCAGAAGGAAUGAUGUAAUACGUGAGGAACAUCGAAAAAAACAUCCGACAGAAAAUGUUAUUUUCAGUGAAUUUUCCAAGAAAUGUGCAGAAAAGUGGAAGCUCAUGAAUUUGGAACAACGAAAGUGUUUUGAGGAAAUGGCAAAAUUAGAUACGGAGAGAUUCAAUCGGGAAAUGGCUCAUUAUAUACCACCAGUCGGAAUGAAGCGAGGUCGUAGACGGCGACGUAUCAAAGAUCCAAGUAUGCCUAAACGUUCAUGGUCAGCAUUUUUCUUCUUUUGCGAUGCAUUUCGAUCAAAAAUUCGUAGUGAGCACCCCGAUUGGAAGGUUAGCGAUAUUGCCAAGGAGUUAGGUAGACGAUGGGAAGAGUGUUCCGAUAAAGAGAAAUACGAAAGACGCGCACAGAAUGACAAAUUACGUUAUGAACAAGAUAUGGAGAAAUACAAAGCUGGAUUGUAUGUGGCGACCAAACGUGCUCGAGUUGGCGAUCAGACGAAAUCAAACGAGAUACUGCCAUGCUUAAACAAUCAGUCACAUCAUAAGGAAUUAGGUGAGGCAAGUCAAAUUUCAAAUGAUGAAGUAGGACGAGGUGAUGGAGACGAUGAUGAUGGAGAUGAAGAUGAUGUCGAUGAUGAUGAUGAUGACGAUGAAGAAGAAGAGGAAGAGGGUGAUGGAGAAGAACAAGACGAUGAAGAUAAUGAACAACAACAAUCAAACAGAUCUAACACUCAUGAAAUGCCUGUUUGUGGUGAUCACAAAACACCAGAACAAGUUGUCUCCAGUGAUACAAGUAGUUUUAUUAUAAAUACAGGAAAUUAG